CUCUUGAUAUGCGUCGAGAGCAUCGGAAACUGAGAACAGGCUGUAAGCAAUGCAAGCGACGGAGAGUGAAGUGCGAUGAAGCAAAGCCAACGUGUGCGAAUUGUAUCCGGAACAAACUGAAAUGCAAUUUCGAGUUCCUCACACCCUCUCUUCCACGAUUACGCUACACAGAAACAAGGGAAGUCGUCCGGCCUUCGUCAAGGCGUGUGCUCCUAAGCUCGUCACCAUUUCAAGACCUCAACCUCCGAUCCACUUCCCUCGACCUGCAUAGUAUGGAAUUGCUGCACCACUAUACCUCAAUAACAUGCCUGACAUUCGGUGACGAUAGAAGGAAAUGGCUCUGGCAAAAAGAAAUUCCCCAAAUGGCUAUGACACACGACUUCCUCAUGCACGGGCUCCUCGCAAUCUCAGCUCUGCAUCUGUCAAUAUUACAACCACAUCGAAAAGAGGAACUUACCAGGCGGGCAACACUAUCAGAGCAUCUCGGUUUGCCUUCUUUCCGGGACUUCGUCUCUCACAAUAACCCGCACAACAUUCACGCCGUCGUUGCCUUCGCAGGCUUUGUGGUGCCAUAUGUAUGCGGCUCAUUAGAAACAUUGACGGGAAGGAUUCCCAGCCUAGACGACGACCACCCACACUGGUUCUUUGCUUUCAGAGGACUGCUACAGAUGGUUGGGAAGAGUUGGAUUGUGUUGAGGACUGGGCCUUUUGGCUCGUUACUGCACCGAGGCCCAACUUUCACGCUGGACACCGUGGAGAAUCCUGAUGAUGUGCAUCUUGCCAGGGUUCAUCAACUCCUAGAAUCAAGUUCCCAUUAUUCUGAAGAGGAUCUUGCGGUUUUGGAAGUAUGCAAGGCUGCGUUGGAUGAGCUUCGACGGCUUUUUGCGUGUCCUCAUGAACCGAUGAGGACGCGAGUUAUGAUCGCUAUUCAUGUUUGGCCUGGCACUGUUUCGCAACGGUUUAUCGAAAUAAUGCAAGAGCGGAGGCCUGAAGCAUUGGUUAUUUUAGCUCAUUAUUGUGUCCUGCUGAAGAAAGUUGACUCCUGUUGGUGGCUGGCGGGUGUGGGAAACAGGAUGUUGGCGGCGAUUGAUCAAGCUCUAGGGCAGGAUUGGCGACCGUGGAUUGAAUGGCCAUUGGAAUAUCCUCUCUAUUGAAUACAGUAACAAAUGUUUUCAGAGUUCGGACAGCAAAAGUAAUGAAGCUGCCAUUGCGGUGGAAAACAGCCAUGAGAAGUGGGGUGGGGAUCAUCAGCUGGCGUUGUCGGCAGAUGAAU